AUGACCGUCUCCUACACACUGAAAGUGGCCAACGCGCGAUUCGGAGGAUUCUCCAAACUUCUAUUCCGAUGGAAAGGAAGUAUCUAUAAACUUCUAUACAAAGAAUUCCUGGUAUUCAUCACCCUCUACACCAUCGUGAGCCUCGUCUACAGAUUGGCUCUGAAUGAAGAACAGAAGCGAAUGUUCGAGAAGGUGGCAAACUACUGCAACAAGUACACGGACCUCAUCCCCGUGGCCUUCGUCCUGGGAUUCUACGUCAACCUGAUCAUCAAUCGUUGGUGGGCCCAGUACACCAGCAUCCCCCUGCCGGACCAGCUCAUGUGCGUGGUGUCCAGCACCGUCCACGGGGCGGACGAGAGGGGCCGCCUGCUCAGACGCACCCUGAUCCGCUACGCCAACCUGUCAUCGGUGCUGAUCCUGAGGUCCGUCAGCACCCGCGUCCUCAAGAGGUUCCCCACCAUGGAUCACAUCGUGGACGCAGGUGGCUGUACACCUACAAACGGGAACUCCUCAUCUAGAAUAUGUGGUUUAAUUUUGGGACCAGAGAGAUGUCCUCCAACAAUAUAUAUAAUGUCUGCAGAUGUAACUGAUCGAUCUGAUUGGUUUAUAAUUUAUCUUUUCAUUGUUUUGCUGCAGGAGCUGAACAAAUACCGAGCCAAGUGCAGCCUGCUCUUCCAUUAUGAUUGGAUCAGCGUCCCUCUGGUGUACACGCAGGUUGUCACCGUGGCGGUAUAUUCUUUCUGCGCAUCCUGCCUGAUUGGACGCCAAUUCCUGGAGGGAAAUAGAGACCAGCUGGACAUGUAUGUCCCCGUCUUCACCCUCCUCCAAUUCUUCUUCUACUCCGGCUGGCUGAAGGUGGCGGAACAAAUCAUCAACCCAUUCGGGGAGGAUGAUGAUGACUUUGAGACAAACCGACUGAUAGACCGGAAUCUGCAGGUCUCCCUCCUGUCUGUUGAUGACAUGUACCAGAACCUGCCGCCGAUGCUGAAAGACAAAUACUGGGAUGAGCAGAUGGCGCUGCCGCCAUACACCGUGGCCACCGCCUCCGAGACACUGAAACCGUCCUUCAUGGGCUCCACCUUCGACAUGCGACUCGUUGGGGACCCAGAUCAACACCAACAAGUGGCCGCCACCCCCAACCUCCCCCGCGCCCGCACCCCCAUGCUCAGUCGCUUCCUCUCCUCCGCCGCUUCCCCUGCCGUUGGCAUGAAAAAUCUCAUGGGCCGAGGCCCGCGCAAUCAUCUGGUGCGCUUUAAAGGAGAAGGAUCCCCUAACGUCAAUGCCCACUACAGUGAGAUUGACCCCGAUGGACGUAUCGAUGAGGAGGAAACCACGGAGGAUGAGAAGGAAAGCCGGGCAAGCGAACCACCCACACCCAAGGUUGCCUCUAGAGUUCCUCGUAAACUGGAGGCCUCUGCGAAGCAAAAGAAGAUGGAGCAGCCUCGGCCAUGCCCAAUCCUCAUCACAGUGGACGAACCUUCAGAGGAGAACAUAGAGGAGGACCAAGAUGAAUGCUGAAGACGCAAACCAAC